AGUCAAACAAAAACGAAGUCAGAGUUCAAUCUUAUUCAAAUUGAAUUUUGCACAUCUUACGACGAUGGGGGACUUGGCAAGGAAUCCUGACUCGCAGAUCGAAAAGAGCGACCAGUGUCCAGAGUUCUGGGUUGGACACAGCAAUCGGCACCUGGCCCAGACCGAGUUCAUGCUAUACCAUAUCCAGCCGGGCGUCUACUUCCGUGGCCGGUUCAAGGAACGAUGCGAAGAGCGCGGCGUCAACGGCUGGUUUACUUGCAACGCGAAGGCGCAGCAGGUGUUUGGCGUUAUGGAAGGCCGGAUCAAGGACAUACUUAGCAUUCGCGGUUGGGUCGAGGAGUCCUGCAUCCUCCAGCCCUUUGAGAAGAAGACAGUUUUCUCAACUUUCACGCUCUGCACCCAGCCGGAGUUCACGGCCUUCUCUUUGCGUCUCAGUUUACCGGUGAAUAAGAAAAAUCGACCGGUGAGCCGAGUGUUGCCAAGAACCAGGAAAAAUUAAGAAAAUAAUCUACGACAGGACGCUAGCGCUGCGAUAAAGAAACGUAAAUACAUCCCAUCCACAGUUUAGGAAGGCGAGCUGAAAGGUAAACAGCUAAGUUACAGCGAUUAUGGUUAUAGAUCUUUCAUAAUACUUAAUAUGGUUGACGAUAAUAAAAACAUAUA